UCUGUUUCCUUUUCCAGCCCAGAGAAGAAGCGAGGUGCCCCUCACGUUCUCUCCUCCAUCUUCCUCCAAUUUCAACUGCAGAUUUGGAAUUUUGAAUUUGGCAUCUGUUGCUUUCCUUAAGAACCUUUCCAUCUCUUCUUUGAUUCUUCCUCUCUUUCACUUCAAAAUCUGUUUUCUUUGUUUCUUUACUCAACUCUCCUUGUCCUGGCUCUCUUGUUCUUCUCUUUUUGGUUUCUAGCCCUUCCUUUGUGCUCUUGAGCCAUCGCUGAGUGUUCUGCUCCGCUUCAUAUCGUUAAUGUCAUGUAUUCCGCCAUCGGAGCACUUCCCUGCUCCAACGCCAUGGCUUUGGAGCAGAAGAGCGAGAAAUGCGAGAAAAAUGGGAUCUUGACGGCGACUGAGAACGAAAGGGAGAUGACGGAGGGCGAGGUCAAGAUGCAACUGAACAAGGCGUCUCUUCGUGACCCAGAGGAGGAAGAAGUAGAAGAAGAAGAAGACGAUGAUGAGAAAGCUGUUACAGGCGUUGACCUGGGGCCUCAGGUCAGCCUCAAAGAUCAGAUGGAGAAAGACAAGGAGGACGAGAGCCUAAGGAAGUGGAAAGAACAACUCCUAGGAAGUGUGGAUUUGAAUGCUGUGGGAGGAGAAAUUUUAGAGCCAGAAGUAAAGAUUUUGAGCCUCUCAAUCAUCUCCCCGGGGAGGCCUCACAUAGUUCUCCCCCUUCUCGCCUCGCCGGAUUAUCGCGGCGUGUGGUUCACUUUGAAAGAAGGAAGUCACUACAGAUUGAAGUUCAACUUCUCUGUCAGUAACAAUAUCGUCUCCGGUUUGAGAUACACCAACACAGUUUGGAAAACCGGAAUCAAAGUGGACAGAACCAAAGAAAUGUUGGGCACCUUCAGUCCUCAAGUGGAACCCUACACAUACGAGACGCCAGAAGAAAUCACUCCUUGCGGAAUAUUUGCAAGAGGAACAUAUUCUGCGAGAACUAAAUUUGUUGAUGAUGAUGGCAAGUGCUACUUGGAGAUCAACUACACCUUUGACAUUCGCAGAGAAUGGCUUCCAAUCAGUUGAAAUUCUUCAUUAGAAAUUUGCAAGAAUUCAAGAAAUAAUUAAUGAAGAAAUAUCGUUGAGUGUGUUUCAUUUUCUGCGAGUUCCGACCAUUUAAUGCCGUGUUUAGUCUAAAUGGAGUGAGGCUUAAUUAGCUGUUUGUUUUCUAUUCUGUUGUUUAACUGAAGAACAUUUGGCAGUGUUUGUUAGAUCAUAAGAUAAGGUUUAUUAUUAAUAAUUAUGAACUUUUUGGAUUAACGGAUUA